AUGACCUCAUCGAAAACUCGUGUUACCAUUGGUGCAUUAGCUAAAGAUUUUGCAACAAGUGCGACAGCCCAUGGACUAAGAAGAAUUUUUGAGACUAGAAGUUCCUUUGGGAAACUAUUGUGGAUUUUCAUUUUCCUCAGUGCUCUUGCGGGAUGCACUUACCAUUGUUCCUUUCUUAUUCGAAAGUAUUUAAGUUUCGGCAAAGUAACAAGCACUGAAGAAAUCCAUGCCAAGGAACUAGAUUUUCCUGCUUUAACAGUUUGCAACUUGAAUAUAGUGAAGAAGCAGUUUCUUGAAGAACAGUUAGAAAAGAAUAAAAAUACGACGCAUGAAAGGCUUAAAGGCUUUUGUUUCGAAUCAGAAGAAACAUUUUUGAACAGAAGUAAUGCCAAAGAUCUGAGUGACAUAUGGGAAAACCUUGGAGUAACUCUAGAUCAUUUGAAAUGGUAUGGCCACCAAGUCUACGAUCUGAUCGUUCAAUGUACGUACAAUGCAAAAGAUUGCUUUAACAGGAGCAUUACAAAGGAUCUUCCUCUGAAAACUGAGAAUAUUACAAUAUCAGAUUAUCCAUCAACAAGACUUGGAUACUGCCACACCAUUAAGCUUAAUGAAACUACUUUGGGUCUUACUCUGACAUUGAAUAUAGAACGGGAUGACUAUUGGGAUCUUCUGUCCCCAGAGUUCGGAGUUCGACUAUUGAUACAUCCACGAGAAGCUUAUCCUACUCUUGACAGAGGAGGAAUAGUUCUUCAUCCUGGAACUAAAACUUAUAUUAGCAUUCGUAUACGGGAAAUUCAAAGGCUACCAGCUCCGUAUGGUGAUUGUACAACAACUUUUCGUGAUUCUCCUUUGGCAUCGCUAUUAAAACACAGAGACGAAGACUUUCUCAAGUAUCAUUACUACUAUACGUAUGAAUUCUGCCAAACCUUGUGUCGUGAAAGCCUUCUUCUGCAAGAGUGCCACUGCGUAGAAGAACAAAUAAACAGUACGCAUAAAUUUUGCAAUCCUUGUAAUAAGGCAGAAGAAGACUGUAAGGAUGAAUUUAAGAAGAGGUUUGAUGAUAAUGAUACCAAUGCCUGUACGCAACUAUGCAGACCAGCCUGUGAAGAUACACGAUAUGAUUUUACUUUGUCAACUUCAGAAUGGCCAAACAUUGAAUUUCAAGAUUUUGUUUUGAAAAGAUGGCCUGAAUUACGAUCAGAUUUUACUGAAGGAAAUUCCAGUGGCUCAGUAAACGAAACAUAUCUUAACAAAAAUUUCUUAAGAGUUCAUGUGUUCAUCCAAGAAAUGAACUAUCUGCGUUUUAAAGAUGUGGAAGCCUAUUCGCUACCUGAACUGUUUGCUGAUCUCGGCGGCUGCCUAGGAUUGUACAUAGGAGUUUCUCUCAUAUCUAUAAUUGAAUUUCAUGAGUUAAUCCUUCAUAUCAUGACCAUAUUUUACAAGAAUCUCAACAGAAGUUUUCAAGUGGAUUCCUCUAAAGGCUCAAGAGGGCAUGAAAGACGAUCCAGAAGCAGAUCAGUUCAGAGAGUAAUAUCGCUACCUAACAGAAAUUACGAUCACUUCCGACCCCAAGCUCCAACUCCUACAGUAUAUUUUCUUCAUGGAAGAAGAGAAAAGAAAGCCAUGCAAGAUAUUUUUAGGGUAGCAAACAUUGAAAGUUUAUAG